AGCUGCUGCCUGCGGCGUGGAAGGCUGGUCCUGGGGUGUCCGAGUGGACUGCACACAGGGGUACUUGCCACUCCCAGCCUGUUGUUGGGAGCUCGUGCCAGCCCCUCCCCCGGGCCGGUCUGCAAGCUUGGGGUCAGACACCAAGAGCUUCGCAGCUCUGACCGCAUGGCCCGGCCCGCAGGAUCUCAUUGUGCACGUGAGGGACGUCAGCCACCCCGAGGUGGAGCUCCAGAAACGCAGCGUUCUGUCCACACUGCACAGCCUGCAGCUGCCCGCCCGGCUCCUGGACUCCAUGGUGGAGGUUCACAACAAGGUGGACCUCGUGCCCGGAUACAGCCCCACGGAACCGAGCGCCGUGCCCGUGUCUGCCCUGCUGGGCCACGGGCUCCGGGAGCUGAAGGCUGAGCUCGAUGCGGCCGUUUUGAAGGCGACUGGGAGACAGAUCCUCACUCUCCGCGUGAGGCUCGCCGGGGCCCAGCUCAGCUGGCUAUAUAAGGAGGCCACGGUUCAGGAUGUGGACGUGAUCCCUGAGGACGGGGCGGCCGACGUGACGGUCAUCAUCAGCGACUCGGCCUACGGCAAAUUCCGGAAGCUCUUUCCAGGAUGAACGGACCCCCGUGGAGGUCUGGGGAGCUGUGGCGUUGCUGCUGUGUGUCGGGUGCCACCGGGUGCCCCCUGUCUGGCUUUGGGCCCGCCUUGUUGCCAGCCAUUUGCUGGGAUGAACGCACAGGCUGGUGUCACGGCCACGGCUGCCCCAAAGUGGGUCUCUCCCGAGCGUCCACUCCACACGAUUCCAGCGGGCCCUCAGUGCCUGCCGUGAACUGGCUCCCCUCGGAAUGUUUCCGUAGCAGGACAUUAAACCUUUGUUUUGACUUCCGUAAGCAGCGUUUCCAGUUCCUCCUGCACCUGCCGUGAGCCGUGGCCCUGGUGGGGCACCGAAUGGCUCCUCCGCCCAGCUGUGUUCACACACGGUCUCGUGUCCCAUGGUGGCGUCGGGGCAAUGACUGAAAAUCAGGUUUCCCAGCAGCAGAGAGAACCGUUCCACAAAAGUAGAAGGGAAAGAAAACAGUUUUAUUAAAGAAGAAACUUCAAACCAGACCAGGACGAGUGUCACAGACCAUCCGCUGAGAUGCAGAGAGAAUUUCACCUGCGUGUGGCCAGGCUGUCCAGCUGUUACACGUACAUUCGCCAUCUCCAACAGGAAAACAAAACGCCUGGUGUGUUUUGUUUUGAGACAGCCUCACUCUGUCGCCCAGGCUGGAGUGCAGUGGUGCGAUCUCGGCUCACUACAGCCUCUGCCUCCCGGGUUCAAGCGAUUCUCCUGCCUCAGCCUCCUGA